CUCGGACCAGCAUCACCCGCACGACUUACUUCGUUCCCUUGACUCAGACCCCCUUUUUGGAGCGCACAAUGGCAACAGCAAUGGCAAAGCGCUUGGAGGGGAAGACAAUCCUGGUCACAGGGGCUUCCUCGGGCAUUGGCAGAAGCACUGCCAAGGAGUUUGCCCGGACGGCUCCCAAGAACCUGAAGAUUAUCCUGGCAGCACGACGGGUUGAUACGUUGAAGGAGAUCGCCCAGGAGAUCAAGGAGGAGGUGGGUGACGGUGUCAAAGUACUUCCUGCAAAGCUGGAUGUCAGCAACCCCGAGGAGGUCAAGAACUUUGUCUCUUCUCUGCCGGCCGAGUUCCAGGAUAUUGACAUUUUGGUCAACAACGCUGGUCUGGUCAAGGGUGUUGCUCAGGCCCCCAACAUCGACCCCCAAGACGUGGAUGUGAUGUUUUCCACCAACGUCACUGGUCUGAUCAACAUGACUCAGGCGAUUCUGCCCAUCUUCAAGAAGAGAAGUGAGGGCGGCCGUGGAGACAUCAUCAAUAUUGGCAGUAUUGCCGGUCGCGAGCCGUACCCUGGCGGCAGCAUCUACUGUGCCACAAAGGCUGCCGUGCGCUCUUUUACCGAUGCGUUGAGAAAGGAGCUUAUCGCUACGAGGAUCCGGAUUAUCGAGAUCGAUCCUGGCCAAGUGGAAACGGAGUUCUCCGUGGUGCGAUUCUACGGAGACAAGAGCAAGGCUGAUGCAGUUUAUGCAGGCUGCGAGCCACUGACCCCCGACGACAUCGCCGAGGUGAUUGUCUUCGCCGCUGGCCGGCGAGAGAAUGUCGUGAUCGCCGACACUUUAAUCUUCCCCAGCCACCAGGCCUCGCCCGGUGCGAUGCAUCGCAAGGUCUAGUUACUCCGUAUCCAAUCCUUUUGAGGGGGGGUUGUGGUGGCAGGAUUCAGGUACAUACUCCCGUAUAUUAUGAGUUCGGUAGUAAGGUAAGUAUGGUAUAUACCUAGGUAUGCAUGUCCCACUCGGAUAUUAGCUAGAUGUUAGACAGUGAGAAGCUGCCCAAUGAUGAUGCAAACCUCGUUUGCUUCCCCUGUUUAGCCAGCCCUUUUCCACUCCGAAGGAACAGAAGGAAACUACCGAACUUAAGUUUCUGUACGGAACUUUCUGGAUCAGUCCUGUGUCCAGUCAUCAGUUCUCACUCAGUGUUCCACCAUUGAGAUUGGGUUUACGUAUUUCUAUUUCUCCUUACUCUUACGGAGAGGCCCAGAAAGGGGGCUCGAGCAGGACUCCACUAGCUCGCAGAAUACCACCGGUAGUGAUUAUUAG